UUUCCAAAAUAUCCAGCUCACAAGGUCACCAAGUGACAACUACUUUCUACCAAAUCUCUAACCAAUCUGCUCCACAACUUAGCCAUUUGGUCCUAACCGAAAAAACCUUGCAUGUGUUAAAUGGAAGGAAAAAAGUGGGAAGGCAAGGUAUCGACAAGACUAAGAAGAGCAAGAGCAAAACAAAUAUGGUCUCUUUUUAAAGACUUCUUUAACCUGCACAAAUGGUUUUCGGGUUUAGAAACUUCUUAUGGGAUCUAUGGAUCCAACGGUGAACUUGGUUGCAUUCGCUACUGUUUGGGUGGUUCAAUUCCUUCGUCUGAUGGCUGUGCUGCCUGGUCCAAAGAAAAGCUGAUAGCCAUCGAUGAAAUUAAUCUGAGCUUAAGUUAUGAGAUUGUUGGUUCUAAUAUCGGCUUCAACUCCUAUGUAUCCACGAUUAGAGUUUCUCCUGCAGAUAAUGGUGAUGGAUGCAUGAUUGAAUGGUCAUUCGUGGUUGAUCCGGUGAAUGGCUUGAAUGUGGAAGAUUUGGUGACUAAAUAUAAACUUGGACUUGAGUCCAUGGCUAAGAAAAUGGAGGAAGCUCUGAAUUACUGAAUUCAAUCUGAUCUGUACCCUUUUUUUCAUCCUCUUGUUUCAGUUAAAUAAAUUAAGCAAGAAUGUGAAGUUUCAAUUGUAUUUGGUGUUAUUAGAUUAAUCAUAUAACUGCAGUCAUUUGAUACUUCUAGCUGAGUUCUAGAUGAGAUAUUUACACGAUAAUGCAUUUUUUUUCUCUUUUCAGUUUUA